AAUCUGGAACAAAAACAUUUAUCGUUUUCAUUUUGAUCAUAGAAUGUCUUUAUGCUAAAACCUCCUAAAUGCUUUUUCUUAAAAACACUUUUAUAUAACUACCUUAAGUUUUAACAAAAAGCGCCGAUUAGUAACUUUGUAUAAAGAAUCUUUCUGGAGUUAGCAUUUAGCUAGCUAGCUAGCCAUCAGUCCAAAGCUAGCAUCUGUCAGAGAAAGAUAGGUGAGUAAAAUUAAGGUAAAUGUAGGUUUGAGUUCAUGAUUAAAUGCAAACAAAAGCGAUGGAUCCAACUGAAGAACCCCCCUCCAUACUGUGGGGGCUGGACCCGAUUUUCUCUGCUUUUUCUCGGCUCUACGUCAAAGAUAUCCUGCAGAUGACAGAGUCCAUCCAGGUACCAGGAGUUUAUUUCUACAACAAGCAUCCCAUCUACAAGGUCGAUGUCCUCGGGACGGUGGUCUACAGGAGGGAGAGAGACGACUUCUUCUGUUAUGGAGUGGAUGAUGGUACCGGUGUUAUAAACUGCAUGUGCUGGAAGAGUAAGCUGCUUAAAGAUGCAGAUAAAUCAGGUGGGAAUCGUGGCGAUGGGGUUCAGCGGGGCUUGGACCUAGCUGCCGAGCUGAAGAAACUCAGAGAAUCUCACCACAAACGCUGCCAGCUGGAGAUCGGAGAUGUCCUCCGAGUGCGAGGAUCGGUGAAAACGUUCAGGCAGCAGAGAGAAAUAAAGGCCGCCACCUUCUGAGGCUGCAGCGGGUCCGACUGCAUGCCAGCAGCUGCGCCAGCUCCUGACGGAGGUCCUGCAGAUCCUGCAGGACGAGGGCGUGGUUUACCGAAAGGUGAAAUCCCAGGAUGAAGUUUACAAUGUGACCGCUCAGGACAAAGAUCUGCUCAUGGCUGUCAAAGACAUCAUCAGGGAGGACUGCAGGAGGGCGAAAUUUGCGGAGACGGGUUGUCACGUCCUGCACAUCCUGUCCGUGGCCCGGCAGCGUCACAGCCUGAACCUGAGCAGGGCGGCUCUGGACCUGGUCCUGAAGGAGCUGGAGUGUAACAGCGAAGUCGUCAGCACCAGCGACAACCGCUACACCAUGUUUUAACACAACCUAAACUCGUCAUUAACCGGAGUUAGUGUUCUCAUUAAUAAAAGCUUUUAUCACAGUAAAGAGUCUGUAAGGAGCUCCACUCCUGUAAAGAUGUGUUUUUUAAAAUAAAUAAAUAAGCAGAUGGAAGGAGCAGCUUGUUGUGGAGCCUUGAAGCAAAAAUAAAUAAAUAAUAGUCUCCUGGGUCCAUUUCUA